CCUCCUUGUGCUUAAACAAAGAGAUAAUUUGCAACAUCUUCUGAUGAACUGGCCCAAGUUGGGAAUAGAAUUUACAGUCUCCCCCUUUCUACCCUGAUGCCUUAACUACUAUACCAAACUGGCUUCGUUGGACGUGUUCUUGAGGGAAAGCGCCAUGUCGUGGAUAAGAGAAGGCGAAUUGUCCCUAUGGGAGAGAUUCUGUGCUAGCGUAAUAAAGGCAGGGCCAAUGCCCAAGCACAUUGCAUUCAUCAUGGAUGGCAAUCGUCGUUAUGCUCAGAAGCAUAAAGUAAAGAAGCUGGAAGGACAUUCACAUGGUUUUGCAAAAUUAACACAGACAUUACAAUGGUGCUUGAGUUUGGGUAUCCGGGAAGUCACAGUUUAUGCCUUUAGCAUUGAGAAUUUCAAGCGAACCCAAGAAGAAGUUGAGGGCUUGAUGCAAUUGGCUAGGCAAAAAUUCAUCCGUCUUCUUGAAGAACAAGAGAACUUGGAGAAACAUGGUGUGUGUAUUCGAAUUCUUGGCGAUCUGACCCUUCUGCCACAGGAUAUCCAGGAACUGAUUGCUAAGGUUGUGCUGGCAACUAAGCAUUAUAACACGUGUUUCUUGAACAUUGGCUUUGCAUAUACAUCAAGACAGGAGAUCAGUAAUGCGGUGAAAGAGUUGGCUUGGGGCGUUGAAGAAGGACUGCUUCAACCCAGUGAUGUGUCAGAAUCGCUCAUCGACAAAUGCCUUUACUCCUGCAAAUCUCCUCAUCCAGACAUCCUGAUCAGAACAUCUGGAGAAGUUCGACUUAGUGAUUUUAUGCUCUGGCAGACGUCCCAUUCUUGCCUUGUGUUUCAAAGUGUUCUGUGGCCAGAUUAUUCGUUCUGGAAUUUAUGCGAGGCCAUCCUUCGGUUUCAGAUGAACUACAAUGCAUUACAAAAAGCCAGAGAUGUAUACGUGGAACAAAGGAAGUGGCAACAGUUAGAAACUGAUAAGGCACAAGUCUUACAGAAACUGAAAAAUGAAGAAUCAGCAACCUGUGGAGAUACUCAAAAAUGCUGGACACUUUUGCGAGAAUUCGAAGCUAAACGGGAAGAGAGAAUUCAAAGGUUUUUGCAGGCCCUUGAGCACAAAAGGAUAGACUUCCUAGAAAAACUGGCAUUGGCAGAUGCAAGAUAAGGUUCCUCUUGAGGAUAGGGGAGAGAAGAGGGGGGAAAAAUGAGCCAGGUUGCAAAUAAUCCAAUUGCUGCUCAGUGGAUGACAUGAAAUGGGACCCUAGGUUUAUUCUAUGUGCACAUGCACAUGGCUGGGGACCAUGGCACUUGAAGUGUAUGUUUACCAAAUUUAAUGAAACAAAAGGUAUUUGUGUAGAGCUAACAAAUGAAAAGAAUAGCAUCAAAUCUUUCUAGGUGCAAAAGUCUGCUCAUGCUGAGGGGCUUUGCUCCAUAUUCUACAAUCUGCUGUUUUUCUCUUCCACAAUUCAAAGACUUAACCAGAAUCCUGAGAAGCUGCCUACCCUGGAAUGCAGAGAUGCUGCAUCUGAGGAGAUCAGAGAAAAACCCCAUUGCAUGCACCCAAGCAGAUUUAUUCUAGAAUAAAUUAAAUGUUUAUUCUUUGUUGCCUCCAUUUUAAUAUCAACUGGUUUUGGACCGUUUGUUUUCCAUUCUUGAUACCAACUUGUGAUACAGAUUGUACGUAAGUUUCUCAGGAACAUGCAUUGUUCCUCUGGCUUUAGUAAGCUAAGAAAAUAUCAUCCUUCAGGUUAACUAUAUAUAUCCUUCUAGAUUAUGGGAAUGUGCUGGGUACAACAGGACUUCAAGGUGUUUUUGAUGCAGUAUCUCAAAUGGGUUUGAGAAGGCAUUUUAGCUUUAGAUAACAGUACAAAAUGUCCUUUUACACAAAAGUGCAGUAUGGUGUAAAUAACUCUGAAAAAGAUAAAGGGCAUCAACUAUAAGUACAAAAAUUUUGUUUCCCAAAAGAAACCACCAAUUAUUUCAUGCUGUUUUUCAAAGACUAAAUGAGAGUAUGGGUGUAUCAUUCUAAAGCACUUAAUUUUGAAAUUGUGAGGGAUGAACCCAGUUGUCAAGCCUAUUGAUUUUUAACAACCUGCUGGAGCCAUUUAAAAAAUAAAUAAAUUUGAGGUCAUAUACAGGGGGGAAAUGGUGACCAAUAAAUUAAUGGGUAUUUUGUUCCCAUGCAGUAAUUUAAUCUGUUACUACUAUUAUAUCUGAAAGGCUGCUUCAUUUGAUCUCUACUUCUGAAGAUCCUUAUUACUGUAAAAAAAAUAUAAAUAAAAAUCCCAACCACAUAAAAUCCUUUGGUGAUGAGAUAAUAUAUUAACCAUUAAAAACAAAUUUCUGAUAGUUUCCUGAAAAAGGCUAAUGGGAAAUUUAAUAGAUAAUUAGAGAUUUCACAUCUUUAAAAAUCCCUAUAUGAUACUGAAAUCAAAGGUAGGCUCCCAGACCUUCAGGGUUGUAGUGUGUGUCAUUAUAGAUAUUGCUUGUGUUUGUAAAGUGUGCAGUUGAACAACUUAUUUCAUUGAGCAUUGAUUCCUGUUGGAUAUUUAGAUGAACAUAGGUAACUAAAAAGCAACUGUUGGUGGCCCAGAACUCAACAAAAGGCUAAUUACUAUGCAGCAUUAUAACUGUGCUAUAUUGUGUUACAGUCCUAUGGCCAGUCAUCUGCUUUACCCAUUCAGCAGAAACUCCUAGAUACCUAUAUGAAAGUCUUGCAUAUGGCUUAUUGUGGGCUGGAGUACAUGCUCAUCCACAACUCAGUCAGCAGACACAUUGAGCUUAUUUUGAUGAAUAAGUUGACAAUGAGAUGUCAAGUUGAAUGUGAAUGGGCAUUCCUUUUUAUGUGCUUAAUAAGUCAAAGAUAGGAUUAAAGCAUUCAUACUCAUUGUGCAGAUCCUGGGUGAACAAUUCAGCUGAUGUCUGUUGUGGCCAUACUAGGCUUCUUGACCCUAGUAGUGUUUCUCAGUCUUGGUCACCUUAUGUUGGCUGGGGAAUUCUUUGAAGUUCACAUAUUUUCAAGUGGCCAUGGUACAGAAAUGCUACCCUAGUAUUUAGGGCUCCUAGAUAAUUCAAGCAAGAGACCAACUUACAAGACUUUAAGCAAAACAAUAGUGUUUUCUCCAAUAGUUUUUAUCUAGAA